CCCUAGAGUUAAGUGGAACAUAACUGAAAAUGGGAUACUUUGCGGUACUCUUACUCUGAAAGUAUAACUCCGAGAGAAAAAAUAUGUAUUAGAGAAAGAAAGAUAAUUCAAUUUUCAACCAGAAACAUCUUUGCAAAUUCUCUUUCUGACAAGUCGUUCUCGAGAUAUGAAGACUCAUGCGUUUUUCAAAACGGCGGAAACCCCACAAGACCAAACAAUACGCAAACUGAGAUUUAUACUCAAGAUUAACCCUUCUUAAAUACUGCAUCCAAACUAAGCUGACGUCACAUCUUUUUUCAAAUCGCCUACAUUUGUCUUCUCAUUGACUGAACUAAAUGGCUAAAAAAAAGCUCCAACUUUCUGUGCCAUAUCCAUAUUCGAGAAACGAAACUUAAAAACCCAAAAAAAAAAAUGUCAUUCCAGAUUCCACCAUCAUCUACCACUGCUUGGCUCCACUGAUUCCAGUGUACAUUAUUAUUUGUUUCUCGUUUCAUCGUCGUCGUCGUUUUCAUCGUCAUUCUUAUUGUUUUUUAAUUUUAUCUCCUUCUCUAUCCCACUGACUGACACCUUGUAUAUGUCGAUAUGGUUAUGGUUAUACUUUUUUUUUUAUAUGAAAAAGUGCAUUUUAGCUAAAUAUAGUUAGUGGAGUAGCUAUGUGCUGAUGUGCUCCUUGCUGUGGUACUGGGUACUGCUGCUGCUGCUACUCUUGCUUGCUUGCUUGCUGCUGUUCGUACAUACAUUCGUUCGUUCAUUCGAACUGGCCGAUGUGAACAAGAAGAAGAAAUCUAUGUUACAAUGUUAAGGCAUAAAUCAAUAGGUCGCUGUUGGUGCUGCUGUGCUGCUAUUGCCACUGCUCUUAGUGCUGUUGUUAUUUUUUCAACAUCUUCUCCUCCUCAUAAAAGUGCCGAAAAGAAUUUGAUCUAAAAAAACGUUUGGAAAAUAAACAAAUUUUCAAUUCCAAAGUGAAAACACACAAUAUUUAAUGUCCACUCAGCAAAUUGCUGAAGUAAUCAUAUCCAAAUUGGUUUGUGGUAAAGCGUAGUGCUAUGAUUAAUAACCCGCUGGUGCUUUUUCUUCUUCCGCAAAAAGAGAACAUAAUCGCAAUGGCACAUCAUCAUCAUUUCAACAUAAAACACAAUAACAACAAUGCAUCGAUCCUUAAAACCACACCCACAAGCUAAGAAGGUUGCACCGCCAGCUAUACCAUCGGAUCACUAUCAAACCACGUCGCUAUUUACAAAGCCCGAGGAUAGUGGUAUGGUGUCAUCGCCAUCCAUUGAAGAGGGUGGCUUUAAUUUACCCAGAGAAAGCUCUGCAGCUAUAAGGAUUAAAGAUGAACUAAACGAAUACGGAAUGGCAAAUCUAUCAAAAAAUCCCAACACACUUGCCGGUACCGGCACAUAUGCUAAUGUACCGGUAUUUUGUGCAACAAUGCGUGAACCACUUACCCAUAAAGCUGCUGUUUAUUAUCAUCAGCAAUUGGCAUUGCAAGAAGAUCAAGGCAUUGACCUAACACAAUCACCGGGCCGUGAUAGUCCCGGUUCAUCGUCUGGUUCAGCUGGUUCUGGAUCUCGACAUUCGACUGCUAGCUUAGAUUCAGGGCGAGCAUCAUCAUAUUUGACUGGUGGUGGUGCUUCUAUACGUGGUGGUGGCGGACCAUUGUCUAGUCCACGAUGCAGUAGUGUUAGUUCAUGUUCGAUUGGUAGUGUCGAUCGGCAGCGUAAUGAUGAACUAAUUGCUGAUUGGUUGUUGGAAAUGAAAUAUGAAGAAUAUGCGCAGCUAUUUAUUGCGGCUGGUUAUGAUUUGCCAACAAUUGCACGAAUGACACCAGAAGACUUAACAGCUAUAGGAAUUAAGAAUCCACACCACCGAGAGCGUAUUAAGCAGCGAAUUGAUAAAUUACAGGUGUUGGAUAAUUUGCCACAUUUUGUACCGGGUUCUAUUGAGGAGUGGCUACAGCUACUUCGCCUGGAAGAAUACAUACAACCGUUGCUUGAUCAAAAUUAUAAAACUGUUCGCGAUGUAACACAACUCACAUGGGAAGAUCUCGAAGACAUAGGAAUUGUGAAACUCGGACAUCAGAAAAAAAUCUUACUUGCCAUUAAACGUGUAAAGGACAUUAUCAGUGGAAAAUGGAAUCCUGGUGGAUCAAUAUAUCAACAACAGGAAUAUCGUAAGGUUUGGCAAGCUCCUUCUCAGUUGCCAUCACCAACAAUAAUACCAACAGCAAGAGUCUCAUGGGAUGAUUCCAAAAGUUAUGGAAUAAGUGACCCCUAUUUUACAUGCACAGGAAGUAAUCACGAGUGUAAUGAUGUGGUAUUGAUUAAGGUACGUCAGCCACGUGGCAAGAGCUUGGAAUCUUUAGAAGAUAUCCACGACAACAGUACCAGAAGCCAUUUGACUUUUAGUCACUAUACCACCACUGAUUAUGGGCACUUUACUCAACCUCAAGGAACCAGAGUACUUAGUAAUCCCCCUGGAAAUAUGUCAUGGCGCCGUUCGUAUGACGAUGGCGACAUCACACCAACCAAUGAGGCAGCCAGAGAGCUUAUGUAUGAAGAAGGUGGAGGAACAUUGCCACGCCAACGUGGUAAUGCCGCCGAUCGUUGUAAAGUACUGCAAAGAGCAGUACUUCAAAAUAUGCCUGUAGAUGCACAGCAUCAUUAUAUGAAUACACCAGUUGAAUAUGCAGUUUGUCCAGAUAAUUCCAGUUUGAAUUCUCCCUAUCUUACUGGAAGUCCAAUGGCAAAUAAAAAAAUUGCUCCCGAACCACCACGUCGUCAUUGUAGUAUACGAAAUCCACGAACUUUAAGUUCACAAGAGCAACAAGCAGCAGCUGUAGCUGCUGCCGCUGCCGCUGCUGCUGCAGCACAAAAUCAUCCAUAUGCAACUUAUGCAACUGGAGCACCAACUUCUUACAUUCCUUCGAAUAUGCAGCAGCAACCACCACAGCCGAUUUAUGCAAACUAUGCCACUAUACAGCAAACAACUGCGGAGAUACACUGUGAAAAAUUGCACGACAAUAAGUCAACAUCCAGCAUCGAUUCCAUAGACACUAUUCCCUUUGCUAAUGAAAAUACCGGAACUAUUAAGCAAAGAUUACUUAACCGACAAGACUUGCCGCCACAGCAGCAUCUCUCAUCGUCCUCAUCAUCGUCAUCGUCGUCGACCAACACAAUCGCCAAUAUCGCACAUUCUUUCCAUUCGUUAAAAUCAUCAUCAUCGCUGCACGAUGCCACACUCAUUCGCAGUGACAGUACUGGCUCCAAUGCCGGCGGGACACUUCUCUAUGAUGGGGCGUCAAUUGAUCCCGCCUUGGGUGCAGGAGGCGGAUCUGGAGCAUCAAGUGUUGUGCAUUUAAGAUCGCCAACACUGACUUAUCCUCCAGUGGGUAGCAGCGUCUCAGUUGGUGCUAUCCCAGAUUGUUCCGAAAUGAGUUCCUCCUCGGUUGGUAGCGGCGGCGCUGCUGUGUCAUACGCUACUGACCUCGCAGCAGCUGAGGCUGGUACUGGCGUAGGUGGGGGCGGUGGCGGCGGAGUGCCACAAGCGAAAACCGUAUCGGUGAAUGUACUCAACGAUAUUGGAAAUAUGUUAGCUAAUUUGACCGACGAACUAGAUGCCAUGUUAGAGGAGGAAAAGCGAGUGGGAUUGAACAUUGAUAGUGAAUGAGCAAAAUCAACUUAAUUUUUAUGUUUUAUUAAAUAUUAUAAUUUUUUUUUUUAA